UAACCGGCCGAGAAUUGCCGAAUCAUCUGUCCURCCCGGACUGCUGGAAGCGGCCGCAACGCCAUGUUGGCGAAGUCUCUCAUCUCUGUGAGGAAAAAAAUGAUAGAAAACGCAAUUGCCGAGAAGAAAAGAUAGAUCGCCAAGGGAGCGUGAAGAUCGCGGCGAUUAUUUCAUUUGAAAGUAACGAACCGAGCCGGAUCCGCUUAGGUUCCGGACGGGCAAGGGAGGCUAAACCUCCCCACCGUCCCCAUGAAUAGCACCGCUGAUCCGAACAGCGACUUUCCAUGAAAAAAAAAAAGACAUUUGUGUUGCUUUUCGAGCUUCGUUAUCCCAGUUCGUUAAAGGGACUUGGGGCCUGCUUCAKGAUCUGCAACGCUUGCUAUAUGUAUGCAAGCUAGGCUUUGUUUGUACCAGUAUUUAUUAAGGUAUUGUUUUUAUUUUUGGAUUUUUUUGCGAUGAGUUUGCCAUCGAAAGUGGUCCCUAAGCCCGCCGCUGUCGCAGUUAGCGGACCUGGAAGUGGCCCCUCUCCGUCAAGCCAACUGCGGGCUACCCUAACCUCGGUGUCUCUGCCGCCGGGAGCCCCGACUGCUCCUCAGCCUGGCGCCGUACCACCACCAAUCCCUCGUGUUCAGCCUUCACUGGAUGACCGGAUCUUCCCCUCACAGCCUGGAGUCGCUAUYUACAGCGUACCCAGGCAUGCCGGUCCUACAUUCACAGGUCCCGACAUUACAAAGGGACACCCAAACUUGGCGGGAACCCCACCUGGUCAUGCCCACUCCCCAGCGCUCUCUCAGGUAUCAGUACCCACAGCUUCCCCAUAUCGCUACCCAAAGGGCUGGGAGACAGGCGGAGGGUCUCCCUACAACCCUGGGCAAAACGCUGGUUCCGCUCCUUUAGUGUAUUCUGCCCAAACACAGCCAAUGAAUGCACAGCCACAGAGCCGCCCGUUUGCUACGGGCCCGCGACCGACCCACCAUCAGGGAGGAUUCAGGCCCAUCCAGUUUUUUCAGAGGCCUCAGAUGCAGACUGCAAGGCCCACCAUCCCAACAAACACUCCCUCCAUACGAGCAGGCUCCCAGACUCCCACAGCUGCUGUCUACCCCACGAAUCAACCAAUUAUGAUGACCAUGGCACCGAUGCCUUUUCCUUCCCCGCAGGCUACGCAGUACUACAUCCCACAGUAUCGCCCCAGUACACCCUUCGUAGGACCCCCGCAGCAGUAUUCUGUACAGCCACCGGGCUCUGGCACCUUCUAUCCUGGUCCGGGACCAGGGGAGUACCCCGCCCCGUAUCAUCCCCUUAGGUACCACCCUUCUGUCUCACCCACUGUUCCUGCUCCCGUUCCCACAGCUGGUCCACCCUUCUUCCCAGGACAGACACUGUACCCCCCCUCAACCCCUAUCAUAGUGCCUACACAACAUUCAAUCAAGCGUGAGAAGAAAACAAUCCGUAUUUGUGACCCCAAUCAGGGUGGCAAGGAUAUAACUGAUGAGAUCUUGGCGGGAGUCUCAGGAAGCAGGAAUUCGACGCCUCCCGUCGGCCCCCCCUCCUCCACUCCUACCCCACCACAGCAGCUGAGCAGCAGCCAGAGUCCGGAGCAGCAGCAGCAGCAGCAGCAGCAGCAGCCAUCACAGGCUCCAGCUCCUUCGCAGCAGCAAACUCAUCCUGGCGGCCUCCUGUUGGAGCCACCACAGACACCGCAGCCCCUGCAGCUGCUAACAACUGGGGCUUCAGACACCAAACCAGGGCCAGUUGAUAUGCCAAAAUUGGAGCAAGUUGUUCCUAAGUCUUCCUCUCCUGGGCUCGUGCAGCCUGAAGCUCCUUUGGAGAGACUGGAGGCCAGUGUUCCUGUAUCUGAGCCGCCUGCCACUGCUGAGCCAGAGCUUCCCUUCCUCACUCCUCUGACCGCCGCCGUCACUCCACCACACACAGUGGCCAACGUCAGUGAACGCUCCUCAGCCAAGGAGUCCGCUGCCUCCUCCUUCUCCUCCUCCUCCCCCUCCGUCGGGGAGAUCAAACCGUCUCUGGUAACACCUCAGAUGCCCAGCACAGACAGGCCUCUCACAGAUUCACCACGAUCGUUAGCUGCUUCUCCGUCRCCUGCUCUCAAGGCUUUGAAUGGCCUCGCAGACUCUGGAACUGAGCUCGACGCCGUUGCUCACGAGCCCUCUCUCCCGCCUCCGGCUGCGCUCCAUCCUCAGGUGUCCGCUCCCGCUUACAGAGACGCCUCCCYAUCUGAAACUUUGCCUUCCGACAUGAGGCCAGAAGUACCGAUUGCUGCUGCGCUGUCUCCUCUGUCGCCUGUAGCUGUGGUGCCAUUCACCCUCACCUCUAGCCCCAUUCCAGUUUUGCCAGUUACGCUCCCCCCUGGCCUUCCGCCUCUAGUGCAGGCCACAGCAGAGGUCGAUGAGAUGAGUAAAACCUUAGACACUAAAGACCUUCUCACCAGAGGUGGGGCAGAGGCCCAAAGUGGCACCAGUGAGAGCAAGAGYGACUCCCAGCAACAGGCACUUACCAGGAAGAGUCCCACUACAGUUAAUCAAACUUCUUCCACUGUACCAAAGACCUGGAGAAAACCAAAUGAAGUGAUCUUUGCUGGAGAGGCACCUCUAAAGGAGGACGAGGAUGAGCCCAGGGUUGUAGAUCAGCCUGUUGGAGACCCAGCUCUUCAGUCAGCUCCUCUAAGCUGCAGCCCCGCACCCCUACCGUCGGCCUUCCCCUCGGCCGCCGCUCCCAGCCCCGCUCCCGCAAGCAGCCCGCAGGCCGACGGAAAGCCCGCCGCGCCCGAGGAAAACGGCGACGCCGAGCUGGAGCCCAUGAGGAACGGAGCGGGACACAUCUCGGARACGGAGAGCAGCGACAGUGGAGCCACUCCUGGAGACAAGGAGAACUCGAUGGGAGCGUCGCAGGACAUGGAAGACCUGGCUGAUCCCAGUGGGAAGCGACAGUAUGGCAGAGAAUUCCUGUUAGGCUUCCAGUUCAUGCCUGCAUGCGUUCAAAAACCUGAAGGCCUCCCACCGAUCAGCGACGUGGUGCUGGACAAGAUGAACCAAAACAAGUUGCCGUCUCGAAUGGUAGACUCGAGGGUGAUUUCCACUGGACCCGAUUUCACACCUGCUUUUGCAGAUUUUGGAAGGACCGGAGGACGAUGCACUGCACCCAUGAACAUUGUACCAUGGCGACCUCCACCCAAGAAGAUCAUCAUUAACAUGUCCGUUAACGAUGACAUUCAGCUGAACAAAGCAGAGAAUGCCUGGAAACCCGGCAUGAAGAGGGAGGGCCAGUCAGAGGAAACGGAGGUGCAGAAAACACAGGAGCUCUUUAGACAGGUACGAAGCAUACUGAAUAAGUUGACGCCUCAGAAGUUCAACCAGCUGAUGAAGCGGGUGACGGAUCUCACCAUCGACACAGAGGAGAGGCUCAAAGGGGUCAUCGACCUGGUGUUUGAAAAGGCCAUCGAUGAGCCCGGCUUCUCUGUGGCUUAUGGAAACAUGUGUCGCUGCCUUGCCACGCUCAAAGUGCAGAUGACGGACAAACCCAACUCCACGGUUAAUUUCCGGAAGCUGCUGCUAAAUCGCUGCCAGAAGGAGUUUGAGAAAGACAAGGUGGACGACGUGGUGUUUGAGAGGAAGCAGAAGGAGCUGGACUCUGCUGCAUCGGCGACAGAGCGUGAGCGUCUGCAGGGAGAGCURGAGGAGGCCAAGGACAAAGCCAGGCGGCGUUCCAUCGGCAACAUAAAGUUCAUCGGCGAGCUUUUUAAGCUGAGGAUGUUGACUGAGGCCAUCAUGCAYGACUGUGUGGUGAAGCUGCUGAAGAACCACGACGAAGAGUCCUUGGAGUGCCUGUGCAGACUGCUCACCACCAUCGGGAAAGACCUGGACUUUGAGAAGGCCAAGCCUCGCAUGGAUCAAUAUUUCAAUCAAAUGGAAAAAAUCGUCAAAGAGAGGAAGACGUCAUCCAGGAUACGGUUUAUGCUACAAGAYGUUAUAGACUUGAGAUUGCACAACUGGGUGUCCAGGAGAGCUGACCAGGGCCCUAAAACCAUUGAGCAGAUCCAUAAGGAGGCUAAGAUUGAGGAGCAGGAGGAGCAGAGAAAGGUGCACCAGCAGCUGCUCUCCAAGGACAGCAAGAGACGGCCAGAUCCACGAGAGCAGAGGGAUCAGCGCAUGCAGAGAGAGGAAACCUGGAACACCGUGCCCAUGACGAAGAACAGCCGGACCAUCGACCCCAACAAGAUCCCAAAGAUCUCCAAGCCUCAGAUGGAUGAGAAGAUCCAGCUGGGCCCCCGGGCUCAGGUCACGUGGGUGAAGGGRAGCAGUGGGGGAGCCAAAGCCAGCGACUCAGAACUGUCUCGGACAGCUGGCCUAAACCGGUUCUCUGCACUACAGUCCACACCUUUACCUCAGCCCUCCACCACCCCCCCACAGAACCCAGACUAUGACUCCAGGAGAACUCUGGGAAGUCGCAGCAACACGGUCAGAGAGCGGACCGAGAAGCCUCUGAUCUCGACGCCGCCGUCGUCACGGCCCGGCCCGUUCGUGAGGAGAGGCAGUUCGAAAGAGGUGCUGGAGAACCAAAGUCCAGAGGAGCCGCGGAGAGACCGGGAGCAAGAAGGAGCAGAACCUCGGAGAUCGAGCGUGACGGAAGACAAAGCUGAGCUGGAGCGCAGCAGAGUCAAAGAACCUGUAAAACCUGAGCCAGUCGUUCAAAACCCAGACAGACCCGCCCUGACUGAGGAGGAGAUUGAGAGGAAGUGCAAGUCCAUCAUUGAUGAGUUUUUGCACAUAAAAGAUUAUAAGGAAGCUGUUCAGUGUGUGGAAGAGCUGGACUUGGCUUCUCAGCUGCACAUCUUUGUGCGCGUCGGGGUGGAGUCGACCCUGGAGCGCAAUCAGACCACACGGGACCACAUGGGCCAGCUCCUCUUCCAGCUGCUGCAGCAGGGAAUCCUGCCUAAAGCCCACUUCUACAAAGGGUUUGCGGACACGUUGGAGUUGGCGGACGACAUGGCCAUCGACAUUCCCCACAUCUGGCUGUACCUGGCCGAGCUGCUGAGCCCUGUGCUGAAGGAGGGGGGCUUCUCUAUGAGAGAGCUCUUUAGUGAAUUAAGCAAACCUUUGCUUCCUGUGGGAAGAGCCGGGAUCUUAAUCUCUGAAAUAUUGCACUCUCUAUGCAAACAAAUGAGCGAAAGGGCUGUGAGUUCUUUAUGGAAGGAAACCGGCCUCAACUGGGCCGACGUUCUGCCAGAGGGAGAGGACGUUCAGGCGUUCACCUCCCAGCAGAAACUCCAGUUCCUUGAGGUUCAAACCAAAAGGAUCUUGUCUCCUGAGGAGCUGAGCCGGCAGCUAGAGAAACUCCUGGAGGACAUGGCCAGCGAUGAGCAGAUCUUUGACUGGGUAGAGGCAAACCUCGAUGAGUCUCAGACGAGCUCUUCUCCCUUCCUGAGGGCUUUGAUGACAGCUGUGUGUAAGGCAGCAGUGAAAGAUGAGAACACCAGCUGUCGCGUGGACACGGCCAUCAUCCAGAAAAGGUUGCCUGUUUUACUCAAGUACCUUAACUCAGACACUGAGCGACAGCUGCAAGCACUUUAUGCACUUCAAGCGCUGAUCGUUUCCCUCGAUCAGCCUCCAAACCUUCUCCGGAUGUUCUUUGACUGUCUGUACGACGAGGACGUCAUCUCGGAGGACGCGUUCUACAAGUGGGAGACGAGCAAAGACCCUGCUGAGCAGGAGGGUAAAGGCGUCGCCCUCAAGUCCGUCACGGCCUUCUUCACUUGGCUGCGAGAGGCGGAGGAGGAGUCUGAGGAUAAUUGACGAGGGAGACGCCCGGGACACGGCGUAGAACUGCAUCUCUAACACCAGAACAAACUUUAAAUGGCUGCGCAGACGGGACGACGUGUUUACGGCUGGAUUAUUAUUUUUUUCUUUUUCUUUUUUUUUUUUUCUUUUUUCCUCCCCCUCCCCUCUGCGGUACGGUUCUGAAACAUGCCGCCAUCUUGAGUUUGGAUUCCAACAGUGGAAGCACUAAAUAUCUGUAUCAUAAAUAGAAAAUAUUUUUGUUUUAAAUUUUAACUUACUUUUUUGUUACUUUUUAAGAAGAGACUUAAAAGACACAUAGGUUCUGGACUCCUUAAUUUAUUAUUUUUUUAAGGACUGCAAAUAUGAAAGUUAUUUAACAUUUGCAGAUGCUCACAAUGAGAACACGGCAACAGAAAUAACAAUAUAAUUAUAAUAACAAAAUAAUUGUGAGACAAAYAUUUUCCCUGGCUUUCACACUGUGGCUGAAAACAGGGUAAAAGCAAAAACUAUUUUAGGACGCAACAAAGGAGUGAAAAAACAAGAACUAUUAAUGCUGUUAAAGGUCAGAGGUCAUCUUAUAAUAAGCAGAAGGUUUUCCCACUAGCAUUGACUUGCUCUGUGCUGAUAUGAACACACACACCAUGAGCUGUUAAAAACGUGCAUCCGAGAAGCAAUGCAAAUCAGAACUGUCGAGUUACGCAGACGAACAAACCGAAAAAAAACAAAACAAAAACAAACCUGAAGUUUAACUUCAAAAAGCAAAAAGGCCAGGGAUGCUGAACAUGAGAUGCUUGUAAUACUCAAGACCUACAAAACAGAUUAAAGCUUGUAAAUACAUUAAAAACAAACAAACAAAMAAAAAAACUAAAAA